UCUUUUAUGCAGGAGUCGGGCGGAAUUCACCCAAAAAGAGAACUACAGCUGAACCCGUCCCGCGCCAGUCAAUCCCCUCGCACGAGGAAGGCGUUUACAAUACCGUGGCCAUGGAGCUCCGCGGUGCAGUUGUCAUUUUAUUCGCGCUGUUCUACUCUAGUUCGCUGAGUGUCGUACACACCUUUCAGAUGAAAUCGAUUUACUGCACAAUAUCCGACAGUUGCGACUGCGAUUUUAAACCAGAUGUAAGAGGGCUGGAGUGGGACCUCUACAGGAACCUGUAUGGACAGCACUUGGCACAGGAGGUGGUGUCGGAGGCUGUGGGAGACUUCAUACGGAAAGAGAACCCAGACCGGCCGCUAGUGCUGUCCUUCCAUGGCGCCUCCGGGACGGGCAAGACGCUGGUCAGUUCCAUGGUGGGGCGUCACCUAUACGGGACGGCAAUGAGCAGCCCCUACGUCCACCAGUUCAUCCCCACCCUCCACUUUCCUCUCUCUGACCAGGUGCAGCAGUACAAGAUGGAGCUGAGGCGCUGGGUGGAAGGCAACUUGACGAGGUGCGCGCGCUCCGUCUUCAUCUUUGAUGAGAUGGAGAAGAUGGCACCUGGUGUGAUCGACGUACUGAUUCCCUUCCUGGGCCCCGAUUAUGUCUUGUUCCAAACCAACUACCGCAAGGCUAUUUACAUCUUCAUCAGCACAGCUGGGGAGGAGAUCAUCAACGAUCUAACUCUAAAGACAAGACUAGCAGGACAGGAGCGAGAGGAUAUCCGUCUCCAGGAUCUAGAAGCUUCCAUUUCACAGGCUGUGUUUAACAACAGGAAUAGUGGAUUUUAUCAGUCACAGAUCAUUGCGGAGAAGCUGAUCACCUUUUUUGUACCCUUCUUGCCUCUGAACCGGCACCACGUAGAGCGGUGCGCUCGCAGAGAGCUGUGCCAGCGUGGGGAGUGCCACCGAACCGACGUGGUGGAAGCAGUGGGGGGCGCCGUCAACUACACGCCACAGGAUGGUCAGCAUUUUUCCAGCACCGGUUGCAAGUCAAUCCCAGCCAAAGUGAACCUCUUCUUGUGAGGCAGUCAUGUUUUUAGGGGUCUUUUGAAGACUGAAAUGGGACACGGUCGGACGCUCGGACAUCUGGCUGCUACAGAACAAGAACUGGUGUGGGUGUUUAUUGGAAGCCUUGGACACCAUUUCUCUGUCCCUGUUGUGUCGUGGAACCUGGCCAGCUUCGCCCUGGCACUGUGGAACCAGCUGUUCGACUUCACCCGAGAGGUGAAGGUUGAAGCACCGAACACUAGAAGACUGAAAGCCUCACACAAGGGGCAGGCCCUGAGGUGUGACCACUUCUCCAUGCCAGGACAUGUGAGAUUCUCCGGAGGAAUGGGCUACAACUACGAAGCCCCUCUGUCUGCCUUAAACAGUGGAAUUUGACCAAGCGUUUAAUUAUUUAAUUUAUUUUUUUAAAUUAAAUUUCGUAAUGUCGGCGUCUAAAUAGAACUGUUCCAAGCUGAUCUUACUGCAGUAUAUGAAGUUUGGCUUUACGGCCUUCUGUCAACACCUUCUGUUUGGAGUGAUUCUCAUUUUAUUUUAUUUUUUUUUUUAUUUUUUUUUUUGUUUUUGCAAUAGGUGGCAGUGCUGCUGAGGUUAAUAAUGAUAUUGACCAAAGAAAACAAAUAAUAUAUUUGCCAUGUAAGAAUUGCUCUGUUGGUCUGCUCUGUCCAAAAAUUUGGAUUGUCAUUGGUUUGUGUUAAAAUGAGUGGACUUGGCAAAGUGCCAUUUCCUGAACACCCCCCCCCUUUCUUUAAAAUACAAUUUUAUAUUUUUAAAACAUUUUAUAGAAUUACCUCAGUCUGGCAAUUCUAUAAAACAAUUUGAUCAUAACUUGACCAGGAUCUUUAAGCUGUGUACUGGAAGGAGAACAUCUUGAGACAAUUCAUUGUUUUUUUGCAGGUUUUGUUGUCUAUGAGUUAAAGACUCUGCAUUGUGUUCAGUUUUGUUGAAGACUGGGAAUGGUUAUUUGUCCUUUAUCUUUGCAUUGGUUUUAUUUUUGACCAGAUGAGUCAGUGAGCAUGCCCACAGCAGCAGGAGAUGUAUGUUGUUGACACAGACAAAAUGAAGGUUUGCAUGGAUAAAGAAGUGGUUUGGGGUGGGGGCAUUUUGGAAUUAUGCAUUUUAGAAUGGGUUUCUGAGCAAUGCAGAGGACCUUAGGUAGCAUCCUUCUUAGAUAUAAGUCCUCAGACAUUUGCCGCACUUCUCGCUGUGGGAAAGGUACUUGAACUUAAUUUUUUCCAUGAAAAAAUUAACAUACUCCGGUCGUGGUAAAAGUAUAAAACUUGAGUUCCUGCUGUCCGCUCUUUACCUACAUGUCCGUCCAGUGGGUCAUCACUAUGACAAGUGAUCACUUGCAGUGGUCAGUCUAUAACGUGAAGAAAUAAAAUCCAUCUUGCCCUAUUGA